AUGACUUCCACAAUUGACGAUGACGAGCUUUCCAUUUCUCUUCCUGCACACGACACCUCUAGGUCAAUACCUCCAUUGACUCCUGUUACCUCACCUCCUAUUCGCACCCCUCAGACGCCCAUCGCAGCUUCUCCAGGUACCAUAACAUCAAUGAAUCGUCUUUCCCAAUAUAAGCAGGUGUGCCUGCUAGGGGAAGGCUCAUUUGGCAAGGUCAAACUGGCACGGCACAAAGUAACCGGCCAGGAGGUAGCGAUGAAGAUAAUCAGUCGGCGGAAAUUGAUCAGCAGAGACAUGGCCGGCAGGGUUGAAAGAGAGAUACAGUAUCUGCAGCUAUUGAGACAUCCACAUAUCAUCAAGCUUUACACUGUUAUAAUGAGCAAGCAAGAUAUUAUCAUGGUACUCGAAUACGCGCCGAUGGAACUGUUUGACUACAUCGUCAAACAUGGUCGACUGGACGAGAAGAAAUCAAGGAAAUUGUUCCAGCAGAUCAUAUGCGCCGUCGAGUACUGCCACAGGCACAAGAUUGUACAUCGGGAUCUAAAGCCAGAGAAUUUACUGCUGGAUAAGAAUUACGACGUCAAAAUCGCGGACUUCGGGCUGAGCAACAUUAUGACGGACGGCAAUUUCCUGAAAACGAGCUGCGGGAGUCCCAAUUACGCUGCACCGGAGGUGAUAUCCGGUAAGUUGUAUGCUGGCCCAGAGGUCGAUGUUUGGAGUUGCGGUGUGAUUCUUUACGUCUUUCUUGUUGGGCGACUUCCGUUCGACGAUGAGUUCAUACCAUCUCUUUUCAAGAAGAUCCAAGCGGGCAAUUUCCACAUACCCCACCACUUACCGCCAGGAGCUACCAAUAUUAUCAAGCGAUGUUUACAGGUUCAUCCUGUCCAUCGCAUGACGAUCGAGGACAUUCGACAAGAUGAAUGGUUCUUGAAGGAUCUUCCCGCGUACUUGCGCCCACCUGUUGAAGAGUUCGUACACACGGGAAUCGACCCUACCAAGGCCAUCGAUCCGCGACAGUUAGUACCUGGAAAGUCAGCCGAGGUCGUGGAACGCAUCCAUGAAAAGGUAGUUGGCAAAUUAGGAAAGACUAUGGGUUAUGCUAGGGAGGAUGUCAAAGAUGCCCUGAGCAAGGAUGAGCCAAGCGCUAUCAAAGAUGCCUAUCUAAUAGUAAGAGAAAACCAGCUGAUGGCGGAGAACCAAAACCCUCAACAUAGAAGAGACAAUCCUGUACUCGAAGAGUUUUGGAAAUCCUCGCCACCAGUCACGUCAGAUUAUCCGGGGUUUGGCUCGAUAGGCAGAAGCCUCAGCAAGAACAACGAUGAUGUGGCACCAUUGACAUCUACCCAGCGCGAUGGUGUUCAUCGUAAUAGCAGAGCGCUAUCUGACGCCCCAUCACUAACGAAAGAAGCCGAAGAGAGAGUCUCGAAUGUGCGCGUGCUUAACACUUCCUUGCCAUUUAUUCAUGAUGAUAUUCUGGAACAACGUCGGAAAGCGCGCGAGGCUGGUGAAGAUCCAGAUCUUGCAGUGAUUGCAUCUCAAAAAAGUGAUUCGAGCUCCCCAACAGACGCAUCAUCUCCCUCAAUUCCUGAACAAAAGAUUGAUCCUAGCACCAACAAGCUAGUUGUACGGUCUAAAGAGGAACAAGAGGCCACUUCGAGAGCCCUCAAACCUCAUGCAAGGUUGCCCAAUGCGGCGAACGAUUCACGCAGCCACCGAGACAAGCCAGAGGGCAUGACUCCAGUACCGGAGAAGGAGAAGGCCCUGACGAGCUCCAAGCCUAAAGCUCGCAAGUGGCAAUUUGGCAUUCGAUCUCGAAAUGCGCCAUUUGAAGCGAUGAAAUGUCUUUACAACGCGCUGGAAGCUCAAAAGGCUGUAUGGGAGGUGAUCCCUGCCUUGGCCAGCGAAACCGAUGCAAGUGGCGAGGAUGGGAGGGAGAAUAGGCCGCCUUCGCCUCCUCAACUUGUGGAAGGCGAGCAACACACUACCCUGCAGAGUCGUUACCCAAGCCUGCCGAGCGAUUACUACAUUCCGCGUGAUCCAUGGUUUAUCAGAGCUAGAAUGCUUAAACGUGGGAUGUUCGCUCCGGGAGAAGGGCCUACCUUCAGCGCCACAAACAGUAAUGUCAACCUAGCAGCGGAGCAGAACAUCCGGAAGAAGGUGGAGGACGUGGGUGGCUAUCUCUCCGGUGAUUUUCAGACUAGUGUCAUGUCAAACGGAGCCGACGGAUCUGCUUCCAGACCAAAUUCACAACCAUCCUCCGCUCAGAACACCCGACCAAGUUCUGGUGUGGGCGAGACCUCGAUGACAGGUCAUGAUACUCUUACCAGUCUAGGUCAGAUCAUCUCUCGGUCGGGCAGUAUGACAAGCACUCCUGCUCGGGAACCAAGCCCAUAUAUUGGUGUUUGGGUCUUUAUCGAUAUUCAGCUCUACAUGCUCGAAACCAACAAUUUUAUGGUUGACUUCAAGUGUGACGGAUAUCAGAACGUUCGCUUCGAUCCGAAUUAUCAUGGUCGGACACCACGAACGGGCAACAGCAGCCGAAUGACCAGCCCAGCGCAGAGCAGGCCCAACAGCGGUUUCUCGACCGUCAAGCCGGGAGAGAAGUUCCAGAUGCACGAAACCGAUGGUGACAAUGGAGAACUAAAAGGGGACUGGAGGCCCGUCAGCAAGAGGAUCAGGAACAAGGAGAAGGAGAUUACCAGCCCUUAUCCGUACCUUGAUGUGGCAAGUGAUUUGAUUGCACAGCUGGCUGUGGCAAAUUGA